GUGCCUGACGUCUAUGCGGCCCGCCUUCCGGAAGGAAACCCUAGCGGCUAACUAUGGCGGCAGUCGCGGAGCAGUGGGUGCUGGUGGAGAUGGUCCAAGCGUUGUACGAGGCUCCUGCUUAUCAUCUUAUUUUGGAAGGAAUUUUAAUACUCUGGAUAAUCAGACUUCUUUUCUCUAAGACUUACAAAUUACAAGAACGAUCUGAUCUUACAGUCAAGGAAAAAGAAGAAUUGAUAGAAGAGUGGCAGCCAGAACCUCUUGUUCCUCCUGUCUCAAAAGACCAUCCUGCUCUCAACUACAACAUCGUUUCAGGCCCUCCCAGCCACAACAUUGUGGUAAAUGGAAAAGAGUGUAUAAACUUCGCCUCAUUUAAUUUUCUUGGACUGUUGGAUAACCCUAGGGUCAAGGCAGCAGCUUUGGCAUCUCUAAAGAAGUAUGGUGUGGGGACUUGUGGACCUAGAGGAUUUUAUGGCACAUUUGAUGUGCAUUUGGAUUUGGAAGACCGCCUGGCAAAGUUUAUGAAGACAGAAGAAGCCAUUAUAUACUCAUAUGGAUUUGCCACCAUAGCGAGUGCUAUUCCCGCUUAUUCUAAGAGAGGGGACAUUGUGUUUGUAGAUAAAGCUGCCUGCUUUGCUAUUCAGAAAGGAUUACAGGCAUCACGUAGUGACAUUAAGCUAUUUGAGCAUAAUGAUAUGGAAGACCUGGAGCGACUACUGAAAGAACAAGAGAUUGAAGAUCAAAAGAAUCCUCGAAAGGCUCGUGUAACUCGACGUUUCAUUGUAGUUGAAGGGUUGUAUAUGAAUACUGGAACUAUUUGCCCUCUUCCGGAACUGGUUAAGUUAAAAUACAAAUACAAAGCAAGGAUCUUUCUGGAAGAAAGCCUUUCAUUUGGAGUCCUGGGGGAGCAUGGCCGAGGAGUCACUGAACAUUUUGGGAUCAACAUUGAUGAUAUUGAUCUCAUUAGUGCCAACAUGGAGAAUUCACUUGCUUCUAUUGGGGGCUUCUGCUGUGGCAGGUCUUUUGUAAUUGACCAUCAGCGACUUUCUGGCCAGGGGUAUUGCUUUUCAGCUUCGUUACCACCCCUGUUAGCUGCUGCUGCGAUUGAGGCCCUCAACAUCAUGGAAGAAAAUCCAGGUAUUUUUGCAGUGUUGAAGGAAAAGUGCAAACGAAUUCAUAAAGCUUUACAAGGCAUUUCUGGAUUAAAAGUGGCGGGAGAGUCCAUUUCUCCAGCAUUUCACCUCCAACUGGAAGAGAGCACUGGGUCUCGAGAAAAAGAUGUUCAGCUACUUCAGGAGAUAGUAACUCGAUGCAUGGACAGAGGCAUCGCGCUGACUCAGGCGCGCUACCUGGAGAAGGAAGAGAAGAACCUUCCUCCGCCAAGCAUUAGGGUUGUGGUCACAGUGGAACAAACAGAGGAGGAAUUGGACAAAGCUGCUUCCACGAUCAAUGAGGUGGCCCAGAUCGUGCUGCUUUAGUCUGUGUCUCCAGCCUGGUGACUGCUCGCCACGCAACACACAGACAGCCCUUGGAGUCACUGCAGAGCAAGCCAGGGACGGGCCCGCGGGUACUGGAUAGGGUGUCACUGGAUGGUGUAUGACAUGAGAAGGAUGCUGGUUACUCUUUAAAGGAAAACACAUCCAAAAGCCCAAGAACUGAUUUUUUUUUUUUUUAAUGAGAACUAAUGACAGCAUAUAACUGAUAUUCAAAUUGUGCUAUUUAGUACCGUUUAAAUGUUUUAUUAAUACUUGUAUUUUAUAUUCUUGUUGUUGUUGUCAUUGUUUAAAAAUGGAGCUUCAGUUUACCUUCCUUGCCUUCUUACGGUAAAGAUUGUGAGCACUCCUUAAUAUUUCAUAGACAAAUGUCUACAUUAAAGUUUAGAAGCACUUCAGUAUAUGUGAUACAAAAUGUAUUCUUGAAGAUCUCAUUCAACCACAUAUUUUUCAGUCUUCAUUAUGUGAAGCUCAAAGGUGGCUAAUAUAUAGAGGAACACUUUUUGUGUGAUUAUUAUAAACUUUUCAUUAUAAUAUAUAUGAAUCAUAGAAUUUUUAUAUACAAUACACUAAAUGCUAAUGUUGCACCAUUUCUAACAGUGAAGCUCAGCAUCCCUAACCAGAGAAUGGUCAUAAUUCUUCCUAAGUGAGCAAUAAUUUAAAUCAAAUAUUAUUUUAUUUUACUAUAGUUGACUUUUACAUUUAUUAUGGGUUGGCUUAUAAUCUGUUUUUGGAAAGAGGGUUAUUGUGGUGAUCCCAAAAUAGAAAUCUUAUCGUUGAUAUGUUAAAAUAUCUUGAAUGUAUUCUUUUUUGUAUAAUGGGUUUGCCUAGGGAGAUAAAACUUCAGGCUUUUUCUAAGCUGAUGAAAAUGAGACCUUUAUUUCUUUUCAGCUUAUGAAUUCCAGAUAUCUAAAAAAAGAUGUGAAAGCACUAAAAAUAAAAAUUUUAAGCUGUGCUUUAGCUAUGUUUUUUCUUUAGCAAACAAGUUGGGUGGUAUACAUGUUUGUGAUACAUGCCACAGGACAGUGCAUCGAUAUUGCACUGUUAUUCCUUCUCUUUUUAAAAGGAAAGGAAUAAAAUUGUUUUAAAAAAGUCAUUUUUAUAAUCUACGUUCAUAUUAACAAGUGGUCUUCAACAUCUUUUUAAAUAACAUAUUUUUUAAUGUUUAGUUUCUAUUUUGCUUGAGGUAUUUUGUACGUAUGUGCCUUGUGAUUGCUGCUGCUUUAAAGGGGGAUGAAUCUGUUUUUUGUUUUUUAAUGAAAUAAAUCUACAUUCCUGAUAA